UCUGAUCAGUUCCACCCUUGCUUGGUUCGGCCCCUUCCGAACCUUUUCCUCAGCUCCCAAGCUCUCGCCAGCUUCGCCUAUCCGGCCCCGCGCUCGUCAACCCAAGCUCCCGCGCAGCUCCGGUUUCCCCCUCCGUCUGUACAUACAUACUCUCCCACCAUGUCAAAAUCCCGUCGCAACGUCAGGUUCCCUCACAGGAUGUCGACUGCCUCGGAGGGACGUCGGUCCAGUAUCUCCGAGGCCAGCGAUAUCCUGUCUGAUCCGGGUAGUCCGUCCAAAGACGGCUCCGUCGCGAAGCCAGCCACGAUUCCGGAAGAGAAAUCCGACAAACCUCAGCUAUCCGACUACGAGAAGAAGAAACAGACUUUCAUCACCCGCACGAUAUGGACCUUUGUCAUGAUCUUCGGUUUCUUCGUCGUCCUGUUCUCCGGCCACAUCUACAUCUUGGGCAUCGUCACCGCUGUUCAGAUCGUUUCGUUCAAGGAGGUCAUUGCGAUUGCCAAUGUGCCCAGUAAAGAGAAGAACCUUCGCUUCACCAAGUCCCUCAAUUGGUAUUUCCUGGCGACUACAAUGUACUUUCUGUAUGGAGAGAGCGUCAUCUAUUAUUUCAAGCAUAUCCUAUUGGUCGACAAGGUAUUGCUCCCUCUGGCCACUCACCACCGGUUCAUCAGCUUUAUGCUCUAUGUCAUGGGAUUUGUUUUCUUCGUCGCAUCCCUGCAAAAGGGACACUACCGGUUCCAAUUCACUCAAUUCGCCUGGACACACAUGGCCCUGUAUCUCAUCGUUGUUCAAGCGCACUUCGUCAUGAACAACGUCCUUGAGGGAAUGAUCUGGUUCUUCCUCCCAGCUUCUUUGGUCAUUGUCAAUGACAUCUUCGCUUAUGUCUGCGGUAUUACGUUUGGUCGCACCCAGCUCAUCCAGUUGUCGCCCAAAAAGACCGUUGAAGGGUUCAUUGGCGCAUGGAUUUGUACUAUCAUCUUCGGAAUCGGUAUCACCAACAUUCUCAUGCGCUACAAGUACUUCAUCUGCCCCGUGAAUGAUCUUGGUUCGAAUGUGUUGACCGGCCUCGAGUGCACCCCCAACCCGGCCUUUGUCCCUCAGCCGUACUCGUUCCCGGAUUGGACUGGUGUGGAGAAGACCUUCUACAUCGAGCCUAUGCAGUUCCACCUUCUGGUCUUUGCCACUUUCGCCUCUCUCAUUGCUCCGUUUGGCGGCUUCUUUGCCUCCGGGCUGAAGCGGACGUUCAAGAUUAAAGACUUUGGCGAGUCGAUUCCCGGCCACGGUGGCAUUACCGAUCGGAUGGACUGCCAGUUCAUCAUGGGAUUCUUUUCCUACAUGUACUACCACAGCUUCAUUGCUGUCUACAAAGCCAGCGUUGGGGAUAUCAUCGAGGCCGCCAUCACCGGACUCACUGUGGAGGAACAACUGGAGGUGGUCCGUGGCCUUGGCAAGUAUUUGUACAAUCAAGGAACUGUAUCUGAAACGAUCUUGGAGUGCUUGAACACCGAGCACAAGCGCCGCUAGAGCGUCCCCCGCCCUUUGAUGACCCAUUCUUGUUCGGAGACCUUUCUCCGUGAUGAAGUCCUCAUUUAUUUCUCCCUUCUUCCGAGUUUCUCGGAGAAAUUACAUACUUGAGCUUACGACCAAAAUAUGCUUCUUAUAAUCUACUCGUUUUCUCAUCCUCCCGAGCGCCUCGGUCUGAUGGACACACUUGACCGGACUUGCUAGGCUCGUCUACAACAUUCGGGUUCUCUUUGACAUGUGCACAUACCAUCCGCUGUACCACCAUGAACACCCGGGGCGCCCUUCGCGCGAACAAAAAGACUACGUUGGAGUCAUCAACGGGAAGUGAGGCAA